AUGAAGUGUCAUAUUAUCGAAGACUGCAAGAACACCAGGAAUUUUAGAGUAUACCAACAAAGAUUGGAAGAUAAUACUCGUCAUAUGGAAGUUGUCUAUUGUAACACUUUUUCAAACGUUUGGAUGUCUGAGAACAAUGUCGAAAUUAAAUUAAUCAGUACAAAAAUUCUGAAGCCUUCAAAAUGCAUGGUAUGUGCUCGUCCAGCACAUGGCUAUCAUUGUGACGUGACAACAUGCAAAGGAUGCAAGUCCUUUUUCCGUCGAAUGUAUCUAUUGAGGUCUGAAAUAAAAUGCAGUGGUAGAAAUGAUUGUUUUGAUUUGAAAAAGCGAAUUGAACCACUGCUCCGGUGUCGGUCGUGUAGAUACAGGAAAUGUCUGCUAGUUGGUAUGAACCCCGAAGCUCUAGUGUUCAAUAUGCUAACCAAGGAAGAUUCCAUAAUAAAAGUAAUCAAUUCAUUGGAUUACUUGGAUCAGAAGGUUGAAAAAUUCCGAUUAUGCGCCUAUAAUCCAGAUUGGGCAACAAUGGGAGGGCUGGCGGAUUUGAUUAAAAAUAAUGGGAAACUGAAUCAAGUUGAUAAAUAUGGACCUUUUCCCGGAUGGCCCCUCGAUCCGGAUCACGAGUUUGCGCACCAGAAUUUUUAUCGAGAUCUUAAAGCGUUCUCAACUGACAGAAAAGAAUGGAGAUUGUUCAACUUGCUUGCAUCAAUAGAAUAUUCAAAAACAUUCCUAUUUUUCCAAAAUCUUGACUUGCCUGACCAGUUGAGAGUACUAAAACACACAGCAGCAGGCUGUAGUAGUCUAAGUUGCUCGUUUUUCACUUUAAGGCAAAAAUAUGAAGAUAUACGACAACCGGAUGGAACACAGCGGCCUUCUAAAUUAGCACCUGGCUAUGCACUGUUCUCAGCACUGAUAGGACCGAUGAGACGGGUCGGUACUCAAUACUUUGAGUAUUUGCUGCUAAAAGCAUUAUAUUUGUGCAAUCCAGCGAUUCCUGGCUUAACAGUUCAAGCUCAACAUGUGCUGGAAAGAGAGCGUCGGUUAUAUUCCAACAUUCUAAUGGAGUUUUGUCUUCGGAAUUAUUCAAAUGGAGCAACGAAAUUUGUAGAUGUUAUUCAACUGAUUGGAGUGCUGGAAUGGCAACAGAAGAACUUGAAGGAUCUUCACGUGUUAUUGUUAACACCAGUGCUAUCACAGUUACCAGGAGAUUUUUGUGUUAGCUUUGUACAUGAGCUGGUGUUUGAUUAAUUUUUUAUUAUGUUUUUUAUUGUUUUUUUUUUUUUUGGAAAUAAAUUUAUAUCUUC